AUGGCAAAAAGUAAACGAAGUAAACAUAUGCGUGCAAUGCGUAAAAUUCUUCGUGAAAAAUUAUCAAAAAAAGAUGAAGCCAAACGAUUAGCAUCAAUGAAAAAUGAUAAUUUAAUUCCAUCAACUGUACCAAUAAAAGAAUUAUCAAUAGAUGAAGAAAUGCAAACUGGUAAUCCAUCAGAAUAUAAUAUUCGAACAUUAAAAAAUAAGGAUGGUCAAUAUCCAUCAUGGUUAAGUGGUCGUCAACGAAAACGUUUACAAGCUAAACAAGCUGUUCAAAAACGAAAUGAUAAACAGAAAAAAAUAAAGAAAAAUCCUGGUCCUUAUUGUAUAGCAGCAAAAGAUAUUUUUGCUAAAUAUAAAUUAAAAGAUUAUAAAGUAGUUGAACUUGAUCAAAUUGAUAAUGGUAGUGAAUAUCAAAAUGUAUUAGAAAAAAUGACAAAUACUUCAACUGUUCCACGCGUAUUUAUUGAUGGAAAAUGUAUUGGUGGUAGUGAUGAUACAGAAAAAUUAGAUAGAAAUGGUGAUUUAGAAAAACGAUUACGAGAAGUUGAUGCUAUUGGGAAUUAA